AUGGAUGGUGAUAUUAUGACACGAGUGGGCUUCUUUAUCAACGACCUUCAGCAACACAUUAAGGAACUGCACAAACAAAAGAGUGCAAAAUUAACAAUUUAUAAUCAACUGGGCUUGGUCAAAAAUAAUCACGAAGAAUAUGAAGAAGCAUUUCAAAACUAUGAAGACUUACCUGCGAUCUUAGGAAAAGCUCUUUCUUCUGACGAUCCUAAGUUAACUUCGUUUUACGGUAACAUUGGUUUAGUGUAUGUCGACAUAGGUGAUCACGAAAAUGUAUUUUCAGCUCAUGAAUUUCAAUAUCAAUCACUUCCUGCUAAUCAUCCCGAUUUAGCUCUAUCCUAUGCGAGCAUUGGUAUUCUUUAUAAAGCAUGCACGAUUAUUCCGACGCCUGCUCAUUUUUCGAACGUGUCGUAUAAAUUGCACAACAAUCAUUACCCUUUGGCCAUUCGAAUUUUCAACGCCUGA